CCGCGGCCCCCGCGGCCCUCAGCGCCGCCGCCGCCGCGGGCCCGGGAGAGCGCCGAGCUGCCGCUGCCCGCCGGCUGGGAGGAGGCGCGCGACUACGACGGCCGCGUCUUCUACAUCGACCACAACACGCGCCAGACGUCGUGGAUCGACCCCCGCGACCGGAUAACAAAGCCAUUGACCUUUGCCGAUUGUGUUGGGGAUGAACUUCCUUUAGGAUGGGAGACUGUAUACGAUAAACAAAUUGGAAUUUAUUACAUGGACCACAUAAAUAAGCUUACCCAGAUUGAGGAUCCCAGAGAACAGUGGCGGCAGGAGCAGGAACGGAUGCUGAAGGAAUAUUUAGUCGUGGCCCAGGAGGCUCUCAAUGCCAAGAAAGAGAUCUACCAGAUUAAGCAGCAGCGGUUCGAGCUGGCUCAGGAGGAGUACCAGCAGCUGCACAGAAUGUGCGAGGACGACAGCCGUUCCUACGCUAGCUCCUUCUCUGGAUAUUCAGCAAAUACAAAGUACGACCCAUACCAAAUUAAAGCAGAAAUAGCAAGCCGUCGGGAUAGGCUUUCCAGAUUAAAACGAGAGCUGACCCAGAUGAAGCAAGAGCUGCAGUACAAGGAGAAGGGGGUGGAGACCCUGCAAGAGAUUGAUAGAAAGAUGUCAAGUGCUCACAGCAACUACAAACUGAAUGAGGCCCAGGCGAUAAUGAGCGAACUCCGGACCAUCAAGAAAGCCAUUUGCACCGGCGAGAAGGAGAGGCGGGACCUGAUGCAGAGCCUGGCCAAGCUGACCGAUGGCUUUAAGAAUAGCUUUUCUCUUAGCGACCCUCCGCAAGAGUUCCCUCACAAUCCAGGUGUGCUUGGCGAUUCUUUACCUCAACAGUUCUGUGAUGCGGGGUCUCAGACUGACAUCAUUGGAGAGUUUGUCUUUGAUGAUAAAACAAGACUUGUAGACCGAGUCAGGCUUAAUUGGCAGUACGAGGAAGCCAGAAAGAGAGUCUCGAUGAUCCAGCAGCAGCUGGCCCAGCUUGAGAAUGAGUCAUGGCCAGGCCUGGCCGAGGCCGACAGGGACCGGCUGCAGCUCAUCAAGGAGAAGGAAGCCCUGCUUCAAGAGCUGCAGCUCAUCAUUCAGCAGAGAAGGCCGGUGGAAGACGUGGCCCGGCUGGAGGAGGAGAGGACGCGCCUGGAGGAGGAGAUCCAGCAAGCCCGGGCCACGUCGGUGCAGGGUGCCACGGAAAGGAUUCUGCUUCAGGAAAAAAGAAAUUGUCUGCUUAUGCAGCUGGAAGAAGCUACCCGCCUAACGUCCUACCUCCAGUCCCAGUUAAAAAGCCUGUCCGCCAGCACCCUGACUGUGUCUUCAGGGAGCAGUCGUGGGUCCCUGGCCUCCAGCCGGGGCUCACUCGCCUCCAGCCGCGGGUCCUUGAGCUCCGUCAGCUUCACCGACAUUUACGGCCUCCCACAGUACGAGAAACCCGAUGCCGAGAGUGGCCAGCUUCUGCGCUUCGAUCUCCUUCCCUUCGACUCCCUGGGACGAGACGCCCCCUUCUUAGAUCCCCCGGUGCCCUCGGGCUUCCACAAGCAGAGGCGCUCCCUGGACACGCCGCAGUCCUUGGCAUCCCUGUCCUCCCGCUCGUCCCUGUCCUCUCUGUCUCCCCCGAGUUCGCCCUUGGAUACGCCCUUCCUCCCGGCCUCGCGUGACUCGCCCUUGGCCCAACUGGGGGACAGUUUCGAGGUGCCCGGCCUGGGCACCCUCGACAGACUGCGGGCUCAGGCCUCUGCUCUGGGGGAUGAGGACUUGCAGGGCACGGCCUCCCUUCAGCCGCACGGGCUCCCCGGGGAUGGGGAAGGACCUCGCGAGCGAGGACCCCAAGUGCCUGCCGCUCCCACGGCUGCGACAGUGACUCUUCGAGAAGACAGUGCCAAGAGGUUGGAGAGGAGAGCGCGCCGAGUGUCUGCAUGCCUGUCGGAUUAUUCGCUAGCAAGCGAUAGUGGGGUAUUUGAGCCUCCAACCAAAAGGAGUGAAGAUACUGAAGAGUCUGCACACGGAGACGCUUGUGGUAAUGAAGGGCCCCAGAUCCACGUUGGAUUUGUGCUCGACAGUGCCAGCGAGUGUCUUCUUGUGAACGUGCUCCAACUAAAGAAUUUUGCGGGGCUGCUCACGAAGGAAGACUGCAAAGUACACAUCCGAGUCUAUUUGCCGCCGAUUGACUCUGGCACCCCGAACACUUACUGCUCUAAGGCUCUGGAAUUCCAGGCCCCCCUGGUAUUUAAUGAAAUUUUCAGAAUCCCCGUGCAUUCAAGCAUGUUGACGUUGAAGUCACUUCAAUUAUAUGUAUGUUCAGUGAAUCAGCAGCUGCAGGAAGAACUGCUGGGCAUUGCUCAGAUCAACCUGGCUGACUACAACGGGUCCAGCGAAAUGCAGCUGCGCUGGUACUCUGUGCAGGUGUUCAGCAGCUGCGGGCCGCCCAGGGCCAGGGAGAGCGAGCGAGCGGGGGGUGCCGUCGGGGACCCCGCACAAGCCGCCGCCGCUGCCGCCGCCGCUGGGAAGACGCAGGAUGCGGUGACGGCGCUGCUGGCCAGAACCACAGCCCAGCUGCAGGCCGUGGAGCGCGAGCUGGCCGAGGAGCGGGUGAAGCUGGAGUACACGGAGGACGAGAUUCUGGAGAUGGAGCGCAAGGAGGAGCUGGCCGAGGCCGUGUCCGAGAGGAGUUGGCAAGCCGACUCGGUGGAUAGCGGCUGCAGCAGCUGCGCCCAGACCAGCCCCCCACACCCGGAGCCCUGCUGCGUUGGCAUCGACCCACUCCAUGGACACACAUUUGCUGGCCAGGCCGAUCCUUACAGCCCCGAGAAACUUCAGCCUCCACCUCUGAAGGUUGAUAAAGAAACCAACACAGAAGAUGUCUUCCCAGAAGAAGUAGCGAGUCUUCCGAAGGAGAGGCCCAGCCGCAGGGCCCGUGGGUCGCCUUUCGUUCGGAGUAGCACGAUUGUGCGUUCGCAGACCUUCUCCCCUGGAGCACGAAGCCAGUACGUUUGCAGACUUUAUCGUAGUGACAGCGACAGUUCAACGCUGCCCCGGAAGUCCCCGUUUGUCCGAAAUACCUUGGAAAGACGGACCCUUCGCUAUAAGCAGCCCUGCAGGUCCUCCCUGGCCGAGCUCAUGGCUCGCACCUCCCUGGACCUGGAGCUGGAUCUCCAGGCCUCCAGAACGCGGCAGAGGCAGCUGAACGAGGAGAUCUGCACCCUGCGUGAACUGAGGCAGCGGUUAGAAGACGCGCAGCUCCGAGGCCAGACCGACCUCCCACACUGGGUGCUGCGGGACGAGCGAUUCCGGAGCCUGCUGAAGGAAGCAGAGAGGCAGACAAGACAGACCAAACUUGACUUCCAUCAAGAACAGGCAGCUGAGAAGAUGCUGAAGGCGGCCUCCAAAGGGGUCUGCCAGCUGCGGGGGCAGAACCACAAGGAGCCCAUCCAGGUGCAGACCUUCAGGGAGAAGAUAGCAUUUUUUACAAGACCAAGGAUUAACGUCCCUCCUCUGCCUGCCGACGAUGUUUGAUGUAGUGCUUUGUACACGUGAAGUAUUUAUCUGCCGGUUUCAUUUUCAUGACGUUCUUAGACUAGCUAAAUUUGUCCUUAAAAUAUUUGUGCAAAGCUAUUAAUAUACACAC